AUGGAGAAACACUUAGUUCAUUUCGUGAUUUGGCUACCUCGCUGCAUCUUUUCUCCCACCAAGGUGGAGAACUUUCCGUUGAAGGUACGUGACGAGAACGGCAAGCUCGCGCAACUGGAUGUUUGCCAUGUGGCCGAAAUCAGUGCCCAGAAGAUCCAAGAAGGGCAAAUGGGCCCGGCGUCUGUCGUAGGGCAGUACAUUGCUGACCAGCUAGCGGGGAAACGCCGAAUACAGAGAAUUGGCAAGCGCUUUUGCAACAACGGCUGCCAAGACGUCAAGGGACACAAUGUAAUCAGCGCGUUUUGCGUGAAUCUUGCCAGGCUGGGAAGUGUUGGCCCCUUACUGCACAAGCCGGCCAGUGCCAAGAACAUUGUGGAAGGUUGCCGUUGUGACGAACCAAAUCUUCCGUGUGUAUAG